AUGGCAUCAAGCGGCCUAAAGGCUUCGAUCUGGGCUUCAGCGUCGAGCCGCCCCUCCGAUUCUUAUCGAUUCGACUCCAGGUCUAGAUCUGUGCCUCCAGUAUCCGCCUCGACGACGACGACGACAGUCCCCAGCUCGACUUCAACAGUUACUACUUCCGCCACCGCAAACUCUUCUCUGUCCCCCGCACAAGCCUUCCAGAGAUUCCACCAGACCUGCCAGCGCCUUCGAUGGACGGCCAUCGACCUCGAAAAUUCAUACCACCGCGCACACUCCCCCGAACACAGCGGCUUUUCCGCCUCCGACGCCGAGGUCAAUUUCAAGAUUGAUUUUCACGAAUUUUACAUGCGCAUUGAGCAGGCUCUAGUGCUUGUUCUUCUCGUCUACGGCGUGACCGUCCCCCGCGGCUUCGGCGGGCCCAGAGGCCAAGCAACACAUAGCUAUCACCACAACGUGCUGCUGGCCUUUGGCGAGGGAGACAACCCGCUGCGAAGCGCGCUGGGCAUAGGAGAUGUCAAUUCUGCGCUGUGGAAGGCCAAGGAGCUGCGCAACCGAUGGAAAGAUGCGGCGGAAGGGGAAACAACGCCGCUGGGCAUGUAUGACUUGUCAUGGAUCAUAGGACGCAUCAUUGAGGGUCUGGGUGUCGCGUAUAAGAUGGCGGCUGAGAGGGUUGAGGAGAUAAAGUUGGAGGCUAAUGGAAGUGCUGGGAAUGGCAUGGACGGGCACAACGGCGCUGAUGGCGAUAGUGCAUGGACGUGGAUGAUGGCGGAUCCAAUGGACUUGGAGCCGUGA